UUGGGCAUUUUGGCAGAAAGCCAGUUCUUGUGUUAGCCGAGGUAUAGGGGACACCCUUGGUGAAAGGGGACAACUUUAAUCAUGUAUCGACGGAUGAAUGGGUUGGAUCACUUCAAGUUUUGACGCAGAUAUCCAGUUUGAGAAAAUGUUUUGGCGACUCCUGUGUCUGACGUUGUUCUGUCAUCACGUAUAUGCAACUAAUCAAGUGUGUGUAAAAGAAGGAAAUGCACAGACGUUAACAUGUGCACUGCCUGCAUCAUGGCAGAAUGUCACGUGGCAACUUGGUGGUGGGGUACAGGUGGAGUGUACACAAGACGGUACCUGCACCAAUAGUCCCGGCUGUCAGAUCUCUAACACCGCAACCACCAGCCAGCUGACCAUAAGCAGUGUCCAGAGAGGUCUCAGCCUCGUGACUUGUCUAGUGAACGCCCAGCUUGUUGCUACCUGGAACCUGACGGUGUACGCCGCACCAUCGUCCAUGAUGUGUACACCAAUUACUUUAACCAACGGUAACUCACAAAUAAACUUCGCGUGCAGCGUGCAGGGAAUCUAUCCCAUGAAACCCCAGCCCAUUUGCUUCAUCAGCCACCAGAAAACCGGCAACGUCUUAAAUGGUACCCUGUCGAUCACCGUACAAAAUGACAAGGUUACCUGUACUUAUGUUCAGAAACUGAACACCCUGCUACCAAGGGACGAACAGUUCACCAUGAUCAUCGCCCCAAACGUCUGUGGGGCAGAUCCAGUGACCAACCCAAAUGCAACCAUUGUAGCCGCGGAUAUCGGGGUCACCUACAUCAGCGAUGUCGUCAGCUUAAGACUUCCAACGGUCAAACCUGUAACUUGCCCCAGCGUGGGGGUGAAGGCUGGAGAGAUGGUCAGCUGCACGUGCUACCUGGAUGACCCAGGAUAUCCUCCAGGAAAACCCAGAUGGUAUUCCAACAAUGGAGCCGUCCCUUCGACUGGCAACAAUACGGAACAGGUUCUGUCCAUACAGAUGACAUCAGGCGAUCAGAACCCUGUCUAUGUAUGUGAUGUUGAUACAGUUCUACAACGUAAUUACCCGAUCAUCAGUUCCAAUAACUUUUCGCCCAAACCCAUUUUUGGACCAGAUGCUCUACUCAUGUCCCUGACACCAUCGACUGGUUCGUAUGAUUCCUGUCCAGAUUCGUCUGGUAUCACAAUCACCUGUCAAGUUCCCAAAAACAAGACGAGUACACCUCCAUUGUUUACGAUUUGGCAAGGUCCAAAAAACAUUUCGGCGCCAACAAAAGGCCAACUCAACGGUGUUGAACUCUAUAGUUACCAGAUGACUGUCGUCAAUACCUCAUCCGGCCAGCAGACGUUCUCUUGUCGGGCCGAGAACCCAAUCUACCCCGAGAUGGUUCAAAAACAGGAUCAAUCGAUCAACAUUAGAGCUCCGUUAGAGACAGCUCCCUUGAUAAAAACUGACAAACACCCUGCAAGAUCUGGUAAAUUUGACGCCGAGGUGAGUGUUGGUGACAUGCUUGAUGUCACUUGUAUCGUGGAUGGCGGGGUGCCCAAUGAGUACGACAUAUACCUGGUCUGUCCGUCCAAAACAAACACGGCGAAGGGAUACCAAGUCAUCAACAGGGUGGAGGUGACUCAAGAGACUUACGGUCUUUCCUGUGUGUGUGGAGCUAUGCACGUCACUGGCUGCUACAAGCUGAAGUCAACGAUGACGUUCGUUAAACCAGCAGACACCAAGUUGUAUAUGAUUAUUGGUCUGUCGUGUGGCGGUGGUGUGGUUCUAAUCGUCGUCGUUGUGGUGGCCAUCGCCUGUUGGAGAUACCACUCUAAGAAAGCUGACGAGCGCAUCAACAAGGAUCUCGUUGGCUAUGAUAGGCCUCAUGCAAUUGGUUCCAAUGGCAAUCCGUAUAUUGACCCCACGCAUGAGGAGGAGGUCUACGAUGAACCAACGCCUGAUGAAACCCCGAACUCUCUCGAUCCUGACUACCUCCCUACUGUAGACUACCCAUAUCCGCAGAACUAUCCAUAUUCACUGAGCCAGAACUAUCCAUAUCCACAGAACUACUCUGAUGGAUCUUUUGAUCCUAAAAACUACGAUAAAUUUAACGGAUCAAUCACAGAUUUCUAUCGACCCUUCAAUCCAUCUGAUUACAGCCAAUCGAACUAUAACCAAUCGAACUACAACCAAUCAAUGACGUCAGGCCGUCAAGCUAGCAACGGAUCUGUACCGUACACCGUCGCUUGGGGACACCGACCAUUACCCCCCAACAAACCGGAAGCAGAUUAUCUUCAGAUGCUCUGAAUCAAUUGUCGGCCUGAUCCAAAUAGAUGAGCUUCCAUGACAUAAAUGCAACAUGAUUUUAUCAUUUUAUUUACUAUCACGUAAAGUUCAGAAAACCUGCAUCAAAUUAGGGAGUUUGGAGUAUUAAUGGAUCUUUUUUUUUAAACUGUGUAUUAGAAAUGUGUAUUCAUGUAUAGCAUAGUUUAACAUACUAAUUGUAACCGAUAGGUUGUUUUUUACACUUAUGUUUCCUUAAUAUCGUAAUGUUUGUAAUACUAACGUUGAGCUUGUUACACCGAGAAGACAAUUGUGUGAUGGUGGCAGACACCACGGUUAAAACUGAACUUGUUUUAUUUAUUUUUUGCUAGGGGGAUGUACAGAGGGACAGCUGGAAAUAGAUGAGGAACUCAAUUCAGUUAAUUUAUCUUAUUUGAUGACAAAGUGCAGAAGUGUACAAGACAAUUAUGGAUCACUAUAUUAUCUAACUUUUUACAGUGAACGGUACAAUUCCUAUCUUGUCAACAACAAUACAAAUGACUAGAAAAAUAAAGGGAACUCCACUAUACAUGCAAUAAAAUGGUAUGGAGACCUGCAUUAGAGUACAACGAUUUAAUUUUAAAAUUUCUCUUAAAUAGCCUGGCGAUAUCUUUAAAAACAAGUGUGCAGUACGUUAGCUUCUUCUUUUUUUAAAAGUUGGACUAUCCAGUCUGUCUUGUUACACUCUCGUUCUAAUGUUGGUUUUUAAUGGACCCAAACAAGAAUAGUUUCGAAAAAUACAUUCAACAUUUUUAAAAAAUCUUUUGCGAUUUUUAUUAAAAUAAAUGUGGUAAUAGAAACUUUUGUUAUGUUUUUGUUGGACUUUACCUUAAGAUUGGGUGUACUUGAAGUAUUCAGUAUCUUCGGUAACAUAUUUUUUUUUAAAUUAAUUUAUUACUGCAAAUGUAAAUAAAAAUGCAUGACUCGUUCAUGUGUUUUAAAAAAUAUACUUUUAUUUUAAAAUUGUACCAACAAUAUUUUGAGUACUAAAAACUACAAUGUGGUGUUACAGAAGAUCGAUCACGGGGCUUCUGUACAGCCAAUCGAUGUGUGUCUUAUGAGCGUGAAACUUCAGGUUACAACUUAGGUUUGCUAAAAAUAAACAGGAAUGUAACCUUAACACACACACAAAUUUCAAGUUCUCUGCACUUGCAACUUUUGUUUGAUUCCAAACAUAACAAAACUUUUGAAAUUUUUACAAGCUGCCUAAGCUUUUUUAAAUGUAUUUUUACGUCGAGGUGGAGACAAAUUUGACAAAAACACAUUUUUAUCUAUGUCAACAAUACUGAUAAAACACGUCUCUUCAAACUAUAGUUGUCCAUUGAUUUUCGAAAAAAAAUUUUUUUACACACUAUUGUGGGAGAAUGCCGUGUGCCCCCCCCCCCCCUCCCCCAUUUAAAAAAAUACUAACAAGUACUUGUACUGCUUGACAACUAACCACCUUCUAUAUGUGCAGCUGGAGACAUGAAAUAAUAAACAUUUGACUUGUUUUAUUUAAGGCCAGUGAGGCAGGAAAUAAUAAACAUUUGACUUGUUUUAUUUAAGGCCAGUGAGGCAGGAAAUAAUAAACAUUUGACUUGUUUUAUUUAAGGCCAGUGAGGCAGGAAAUAAUAAACAUUUGACUUGUUUUAUUUAAGGCCAGUGAGACAGGAAAUAAUAAACAUUUGACUUGUUUUAUUUAAGGCCAGUUAGACAGGAAAUAAUAAACAUUUGACUUGUUUUAUUUAAGGCCAGUGAGGCAGGAAAUAAUAAACUUUUGACUUGUUUUAUUUAAGGCCAGUUAGACAGGAAAUAAUAAACAUUUGACUUGUUUUAUUUAAGGCCAGUUAGACAGGAAAUAAUAAACAUUUGACUUGUGUUAUUUAAGGCCAGUUAGACAGGAAAUAAUAAACUUUUGACUUGUUUUAUUUAAGGCCAGUGAGGCAGGAAAUAAUAAACUUUUGACUUGUUUUAUUUAAGGCCAGUUAGACAGGAAAUAAUAAACUUUUGACUUGUUUUAUUUAAGGCCAGUUAGACAGGAAAUAAUAAACAUUUGACUUGUUUUAUUUAAGGCCAGUGAGGCAGGAAAUAAUUAACUUUUGACUUGUUUUUUUUAAGGCCAGUUAGACAGGAAAUAAUAAACAUUUGACUUGUUUUAUUUAAGGUCAGGUAGACAGGAAAUAAUAAACAUUUGACUUGUUUUAUUUAAGGCCAGUUAGACAGGAAAUAAUAAACAUUUGACUUGUUUUAUUUAAGGCCAGUUAGACAGGAAAUAAUAAACAUUUGACUUGUUUUAUUUAAGGCCAGUGAGGCAGGAAAUAAUAAACUUUUGACUUGUUUUAUUUAAGGCCAGUUAGACAGGAAAUAAUAAACAUUUGACUUGUUUUAUUUAAGGCCAGUUAGACAGGAAAUAAUAAACAUUUGACUUGUUUUAUUUAAGGCCAGUUAGACAUAAAAUAAUAAACAUUUGACUUGUUUUAUUUAAGGCCAGUGAGGCAGGAAAUAAUAAACUUUUGACUUGUUUUAUUUAAGGCCAGUUAGACAGGAAAUAAUAAACUUUUGACUUGUUUUAUUUAAGGCCAGUUAGACAGGAAAUAAUAAACAUUUGACUUGUUUUAUUUAAGGCCAGUGAGGCAGGAAAUAAUUAACUUUUGACUUGUUUUUUUUAAGGCCAGUUAGACAGGAAAUAAUAAACAUUUGACUUGUUUUAUUUAAGGUCAGGUAGACAGGAAAUAAUAAACAUUUGACUUGUUUUAUUUAAGGCCAGUGAGACAGGAAAUAAUAAACAUUUGACUUGUUUUAUUUAAGGCCAGUUAGACAGGAAAUAAUAAACAUUUGACUUGUUUUAUUUAAGGCCAGUGAGGCAGGAAAUAAUAAACUUUUGACUUGUUUUAUUUAAGGCCAGUUAGACAGGAAAUAAUAAACAUUUGACUUGUUUUAUUUAAGGCCAGUUAGACAGGAAAUAAUAAACAUUUGACUUGUUUUAUUUAAGGCCAGUUAGACAGAAAAUAAUAAACAUUUGAAACGUUUAAGCCCUAUGAUUCUUUUUUUAAAAAACCUAAAAUGUUUAGUCAAACAAUGUUCAUGACAAAAUGAUACAUAUUUACUAAAGAUGAUGUGUCUAAAUGUUUUUCUUUCAGAAACUUAUGUUCCAUUCUUAUUGUUUUCCUCCUAUAUUUCAUGUUAUUCAAAUUGUUAAUAGUUGACAUGGAUGUAUCACAGCUGACAAUAUUAUUGGGUGUAUUAAUUAAAGGAUUUAAACUUUC